AUGUCUGAUUCUUCCUCUGAUAACGAAAAAAUUAAACCAUUUAUGGAUGAAAUUAAAAAUUGGAAUGUUGUUAAACUGAAAGAAUUCCUGCAAGCAAGGAGUAUUCCUCUUGGUGAAAAUCCUUCAAAAAAAAAAUUGUUAAAAAACGUUUAUUAUGCCAAUAAACUUAAAUUACCAUUAAAUAAAACUGUACAACAAGAAACUGAAGAAAUUAAAUCCAGAUCUCUUCAAAAAUUAAAAUUAAAAUCAGGUGUCCAGCUUCCCCAUCCUUUUGAAAUCGGAUAUUGGGUGUUAGAAAAAGAAGUAGUAAUAAAAUUUUUACCAACCACAGACUAUUUGGACAUUGAAACUUAUUCUUUUCUCACUCACAGUUCUAAAGCCUUGAAAGAAGGACAUUCUCUUUAUUCUUCAGGUCAUGUAACCUCAGUUGCUUUUAACAGCUUAUCAGAUGCUGUAAAUUUUUGUUAUUUAAAAGGAACUGUAGUCCCUCAAACAAGAAUAAAUGAUGAAGAAUAUGAAUCAUGGGUAUGUUUGAAUAAAAACGGAAGUAUAUUCACUGCAGAAUGCAAUUGUGUAGCCGGUUAUGGAGAAAGCUGCAAACAUAUAUUUGCUUUGUUGUUGUUUGUCGAAGAGCAUGUGCGAUUAGGAGAUAAUCUAACAUGCACAUCAGUAAAACAAAAGUGGGGGACUAAAACACAGAAGAGAAAAUUGCAUGAGGCAGAUAUAUUUCAAAAUAUUUCCAUUAAAAAAGUCAAAUCAAGCUUAGAAAAUAGUAAUCUAAAACUCAGUCGAUUCUUAUAUGAUCCUCGUCCUUAUUAUUUAAAGCAGUCAGAGUUUACAAAGGAAGAUUGGGAAGCAGUUGCAGAAGCAACAGAUGGAAAAUGUGCUGUAAUUUGCCUCAAGCCAAAUAUACAGUAG